AUGAGCCCUCUCGGCACCGCGCUCGUGCUCCUGCACUGGCCGCUCGCCGCCGCAGCGUUGUGGGACUUGCGAGCGCUGGCUGUGCGGCCGGCGGCGCCGUCGGAGGCGCCAGUGCUGCUCUCGCGGCUGGUCCGUGAGCGAAUGAACCCACUGUCCGUGGACCCAGAGCGCUUCCUCGUGGCGUGGGACGAGCCCAACGGCAUUGCAGCCUUUGGUCAGAUACGGCCGCUCGGCUCCGAUGCCUCCGAGCUCGCAUCUCUCGUCGUCGAGCCGCGGUACCGAGGGCUCGGCGUCGGCACUAUGCUUGCUGCAAAGCUGCUGGCGCGCCACCGCAGCGGUGCCGAUUCGAGCAAGCCGCUGUACCUUGUCACGCUGCAGCGAACGCAGCCCUUUUACGAGCGGCUCGGCUUUGCGCCCGUAUCUUCGCCACCCACUGAGAUGAGACUGGAGGUCGCGGCCGGCUCGGUGGUCGCGCGGCUUGCUGCAGGGCAGAACCUCGUCUGCAUGUCGAGCUGUCAGCAUGACCGCAAGAGUGAUACGUGA